AAUGAUCAUCCAUCAUUAGAAAAAAAAAACCCCAAGAAGAAAAAUCCAGAGAAAAAAAAAAUGGAGUCACGCUUCUACUCGCUACUUCUCUUACUUUUACUGCUCGAUUUCCUCACUCUCAAUCGAGCCGAUUUGAACGGCGCCGGAGUUAUCAAAGUCAAUUACAAAUUCGCCGGCGCCGACCCCACUCUCAGCGCCCUUAGAGCUCACGACGACGUUCGCCACCUCUCCAUCUCCGCCGGCGUCGACCUUCCCCUCGGCGGCACCGGUCGACCUGACGCCGUCGGGCUCUAUUACGCUCGAGUAGGCAUUGGAACGCCUGCAAAGGAUUACUAUGUGCAAGUUGACACAGGGAGUGACAUAACAUGGGUUAACUGCAUUCAGUGCCAUCAAUGCCCCCGAAGAGGAUACCAUGACAUAGAACUUACCCUUUACAACCCAAAAGAAUCUCUUACCGGGAAACUAGUACCUUGUAAUCAUGGUUUUUGUAAAGAGAUUGGUGGAGGCUUAUCGGGUUGCAACGCAAAUACGUCAUGUUUGUACACUGAGGUUUAUGGAGAUGGGAGCUAUAGCAUGGGCUACUUUGUUGAGGAUAUUGUCCAGUACGAUCGAGUCUCUGGUGAUUUGGAAACCAAAUCAGCUAAUGGAAGUGUUAUUUUUGGAUGUGGUGUGAGACAGUCGGGAGAUCUGGGACCAUCAGAUGAUGCACUUGAUGGAAUAUUAGGUUUUGGAAAAUCAAAUUCAUCAAUGCUCUCACAGCUAGCUUCAUCGGGGAGAGUGAAAAAGAUGUUUGCACAUUGCUUAGAUGGUGUAAAUGGUGGAGGUAUUUUUGCUAUUGGGCAUGUUGUUCAACCCCAAGUCAACACAACACCGCUUGUGCAAGAUCAGCCCCAUUACAAUGUUAAUAUGACAGCCGUUCAAGUUGGUCAUGAUUAUCUGAAUCUGACAGUAGAUUUGUAUACAAUUGGAGACCAGAAAGGGGCGAUAAUUGAUAGUGGUACCACACUGGCAUAUCUGCCAGAGGUAAUUUAUGACCCACUAGUGGAAAAGAUACUCUCUUGGCAGCCGGAUUUGAAACUGCAAACACUUCAUGAUCAAUACACUUGCUUUGACUAUUCGGGAAGUGUCGAUGAUGGAUUUCCUCCCGUGACUCUUCAUUUUGAAAAUUCACUUACUCUGAUGGUUUAUCCUCAUGAGUAUCUGUUCCCAUUUGAAGAUUUGAUGUGUAUUGGAUGGCAAAACAGUGGCAUGGAGUCCCAGGAGAAAAAGAAUAUUACUCUUUUAGGAGAUUUGGUCCUAGCAAAUAAGCUAGUCCUGUAUGAUCUUGAAAAUCAAACCAUCGGAUGGACCGAAUAUAACUGCUCCUCGAGUAUAGAAUUGAAGGACGAAAUAACAGGGUCGGUACAUUUAGUAGGAGCGCACUCACUGUCCAGUGGCUGCAGUUUGAAUGUCCGAUAUAUAAUCCUCUUAGUGAUGAUGGCUCUGCUGCAUGGUUUGAUGUUCCCGCCGAUACUAUGACUUCCGAUCGAACUUGCAAAAGGUUUUAGUAAUAUAGGAAAUAUCGAAAUCUGGAAGAGAAAUCUUUCGAGAAAAUGACGACAAAGGGCAUAAACUCGAAUAGAUGUGCAUAAAUUUCACAAUUGGCAAAGCUUACAGUAGUAGUAUUAUAUAGCUCAUUUCACCUCCAAUCUUAAUACACAAUUUGCAUUUUUGUAGGCAUUAUACUAAGUCCUGAUGUAGAUAGUUCCUUGUACAUAUAUAUGUAUACUCUCUUUUAUAUAUAUAUAUAUAUAUAUAUAUAUAUAUAUAUAUAUAUAUAUAUAUGGCUGAGAAUGCUUUGUUCCAUUAGUUCUAUUUUUAUAAUUCAAAGUGUCGACACUUCAUCAAAUAGUGGUGGACGAUCUUUUUUUCUGGUUUGUUAAACCGGACAUGCAAGCAUU